AGGUCGCUCCCCGCUCGGCAUCACGUGCGGCCGAGCGGACCCGGCGGUCAGCGGCACCGCGUCGCGCUGCAGGAGCGGGACCGGAGCGCGCGUCCCCGCGGCGUCAUGGCCCUGCAGGCUGACUUCAACAGGGCUGCAGAAGAUGUAAAAAAAUUGAAAACAAGACCAACUGAUGAAGAACUGAAGGAACUAUAUGGAUUAUACAAACAAGCUACUGUUGGAGAUAUUAAUAUUGAAUGUCCAGGAAUGCUAGAUAUGAAAGGCAAAGCCAAAUGGGAGGCAUGGAACCUGAAAAGAGGUAUAUCGAAGGAGGAUGCCAUGAAUGCCUAUAUUUCUAAAGCAAAAGCAAUGAUAGAAAAAUAUGGGAUUUAGAAUACUCGGAGAUCGCACUAAUAAGUAGCUCCAGUGGUUAAUGAACUAACUCUGCUGAGGAAAAUGCAGUAGUGACUGGUUAUUGUGUAAUCUAACAGUAAGAUAAUUUACGCAUGAGCCACCGCACUGUAAUAGGUGUUCACAUGCAUAUUACAUUCUUAGACUGUAUCUUACUCUAAAUAAAUCUGAGCUUAUUAUA